CCACCUCCCUCGCUUCUUUUGUCUGCUUCUGUGAGCUCAGCUCACACCAUUACCAUUUUCCUCUCUCUCUCUCUUCCUUUGUCGUCUCGCUCGAGGCGAGCACCAAUGGCGAGGCCGCUGCUGCAGCUGCACCUUCCCCUCCUCCUCCUCCUCCUCCUCUUCCUCCUCCGUACGUCGCAGCGCUGUCGCUUCCUCCUCCCCCUGCCAAUGUAGCUCUCCCCUCAGAUUCCUCUCUCUCUCUCUCUCUAACGCCGUUCCAGCUGCCUUCAGCUCCGUUCCAGCUGCCCCCCGAUCCGUCCGCGCCUCCCGCGGGCAAUGCUGCAUUCCCCGCUGCUCUCCUUCGCUUCUUCCCUUCGGUGCGAAUCUUGGGUCGGGCCCGGAUUUUGAAUCUGGCGAGUGUUUCCGGGGGCUCGCGCUGACUGGUCCUCGAGCUGCAUUUGGCUGCUGCUGCUGCUGCUGCUGCGUGCUUGGCUCGCGCGUGCCGAGAUUUGAUUUUUCGCUUGCUGGGUUCUGUUGCUUGUUGCGGGCUUCGACGUUGGGACAGGUAACGGAAGGGGAAGACGCUGCCGUUCAUCAUCAGACAUUCUCGGGAUAUCAUGAAAGAUUCUGGUAACUGAGUCGGAAAAAGGACCAUUCGCAUUAGCUAAUAUUUUAUAGGUAUAAUCAACAUGGAGCAAUACGAGAUCCUAGAGCAAAUCGGCAAAGGGGCUUUUGGUUCCGCUCUUCUCGUGAGGCAUAAACAUGAAAAAAAGAAGUAUGUGUUGAAAAAGAUUCGUCUUGCUCGGCAAACUGAUAGGACCCGUAGAUCCGCACAUCAGGAGAUGGAGCUUAUUUCUAGAAUGCGGAAUCCAUUUAUUGUUGAGUAUAAAGAUUCAUGGGUGGAGAAGGGUUGCUACGUCUGCAUAAUAUUAGGUUACUGUGAAGGAGGAGAUAUGGCUGAAGCUAUCAAAAAGGCUAAUGGCAUGCUUUUCUCUGAAGAGAAAUUAUGUAAGUGGCUAGUGCAGCUUCUCAUGGCGCUUGACUACUUACACAUGAAGCACAUCCUCCAUAGAGAUGUCAAGUGCUCCAAUAUAUUCUUGACAAGAGACCAGGAUAUACGCCUAGGUGAUUUUGGACUUGCCAAAAUGCUUACUUCUGAUGAUCUUGCUUCCUCGGUCGUGGGAACUCCCAGCUACAUGUGUCCAGAGCUACUUGCUGAUAUUCCUUACGGUUCAAAAUCCGAUAUUUGGUCUCUCGGAUGCUGCAUGUAUGAAAUGACUGCACAUAAGCCUGCAUUUAAAGCAUUCGAUAUGCAAGCACUGAUAAACAAAAUCAACAAGUCCAUAGUGUCUCCACUUCCCACAAAGUAUUCUGGGGCAUUCCGGAGUCUUAUCAAAAGCAUGCUACGGAAAAAUCCAGAACUCAGGCCAAGUGCUGCUGAACUGCUUGGUAACCGACAUCUUCAGCCUUAUGUUCUCAAAGUACAAAUGAAAAUGAAUAGCCCCAGACGCAAUACAUUGCCUGCCCAGUGGCCAGAAGAUGCUCGGGCUUACAGGAAAUACCGGUACUCGUCCAGCAAUAAUAGGGCCUUGAAUCCAAGUAUAUCUGGUGCCGAGCAUGAUUCUGUUUGUUCCACUGAAGGAAGAUAUGUUCCUAGUUAUUUAAAUGAGGAAUUCGAAGAACUGUCAGUUGCAAGCACACAAAGCACAGUGAUUUGCAAGCCAAUUUAUUCAAAAGCAUUUAGUAUCGUCAAAAACCCAAAAAUAAGUCCUGCAAAAGCUUCUGCCACUCCGAAAAGACGAACAGAACCACUGAAGAAGCGUGAAUCACUUCCUGUUUCACGUGCUCUGAAGAAUCCUGGCCCUGCAGCUCGCAGAGCAUCUUUCCCGCUGCCCAGUGAUAAUAUUCUCCACCAUCUGAAGUCUCCUGAUGUAUCCGUCAACUCACCACGGAUAGACAAGAUAGCUGAAUUUCCACUAUCUUCAUGUGAAGAACCCUUCUUACCUAUUCAGAGAACUUCUGCUAAAGGUUCCUCUGGCUCCCCGCAUUAUGGAGACAAAUCAAUAAUGAAGGACAAAUGCAUGGUUCAGAUUUGCAACAAAUCUUCUGGAAAGCCUGCUUAUUCUGAUCUCUGGCAGGGGAUUCAGAGAAGUAUGUUUCAGGUUGAGAGGGAGGAUGGAAGUGACUCUUCUAACCAAAAUGCAACUGCAGGGGCAUCAAGCCGCACUUCGUCCGAUUCACGGCAGCGCCGGUUUGACAUGUCAUCAUACCAGCAAAGAGCCGAGGCUUUGGAAGGGCUGCUUGAGUUUAGUGCAAGGUUGUUGCAGCAGGCAAGGUACGACGAGCUUAAUGUGCUUCUCAAGCCAUUCGGGCCUGGAAAAGUUUCCCCUAGGGAAACUGCCAUUUGGAUAACCAAGAGCUUCAAGGAGAAUACUUCGAAGCCAGAAGAGUAGUUCAAUAGAACCGAUGCCACGUGUAACAUAAUUGUUAGUCGUAGUUGAUCAGAGUGGGAUCGUAGAAGCUUGUCAACGGGGAUGGAUACGGGAGGCACUAGGCACUCUAGGCAGACUAAAUGAGUAUUUAGGUUAGAAUUCUGGGCACUUACAGUUUUGCCACUCCAUUUUAUGACCUUCCACUCGGUAUUGUCUGCAUCAAUUGUUCAAAUCUAAGCUGACAGUACAGUGACAUUAGUUCCAUCGUAGUGUACGUAUUGAAUACUGGCUAGGAUAAAUCUUUGCAGAUAUGAC